GCACCCAUAAUAUAUAAAGAGGAAAAUUUUCCCUCAUAAAAAUUGCGGUUUGUGUUCUUUUCACUUAUCUGUUUUCUGGGUAGUUAGUAAACAUCACCUCUGUAUCUCCCCAUCUCUCACUCAGCCUGUUUACGAUUUCCGAUGGCCACCGCCGUAGCUCCCGUUUCUGUUUCCGGAGGACGUCGUACCAACAACUGUGGCCUUGUAUCUGUAAAUUCUAGCGCUUUUGUCAAGACUCAGAUGUUAACAAUUCAACGGAAGAUGCCCACUCGAGCCAACCGCAACUUGUCUAUUCGUGCUCAAUACGAUGACCGUAGCGGUGGAAGUGGUGCUGAUUUUGUGGCUGGUUUUCUUCUUGGAGGUGCAGUAUUUGGAACACUUGCUUAUAUUUUUGCUCCACAGAUAAGAAGAUCAUUGCUAAAUGAAGAUGAAUAUGGGUUUAAGAGGGCCAAGCGACCAAUUUACUAUGAUGAAGGUUUGGAGAAAACGAGGCAGACCUUGAAUGAAAAAAUAAGCCAACUCAACUCUGCCAUCGACAAUGUGUCUUCCCGGUUGAGAGGUGGCAAUAAUUUGCCCCAGGUACCAGUCGAGAUUGAUCCCGAAGAAGCUGCCUUGUGAGAUCUUGUUUUCUUGCAUCUCAAUGGUUGCCACAUGUUUGGUCUUCCUGUUUUAUGAGUUUACUUGGUGAUAGCAUGUUAUUGUAUAUGCAAAACCGCAACAGUUUUUACAGUCUUGUUGAUUUGCAUUCAGUAAUGAAGUAACCUGAACUUCAUAAGCUAUUACCGGAUGACCCAUUUCAGGGAUUUGUUUAUCCUCUGUUGGUUUUAUUCUCAUCAAACAGAAAUAUUAAACGGAACUUCUCAGUA